AUGAGCUGCUUGGAAGAUGUACCUUUCAGAGUGACCGUAAGCUUUGUGGAUGAUCUUGUGGGAGACGCCAGCUUUGCUGACCAGCCCGAGAUUGAGCUGCCCGCAUGUGCAGAGGUCUUAUCAUGCACAAUGCAUGAUUUUUCACUGGAGAAAAAGGUCCUCUACUGGAUCGACUCUGCCUCACGGCAGGAGAUCCCCUGGUUUAAUGUCACUGCGAAUAUGUAUCCCACAGCCCCUCCGUGCUGGCUCCUGUUGGUGGACCCUAAAGAAAACGUGGCUGGCAGCCACAAGGCAACAGGUUGCAAAUCCAAGGAAAUGACACGUGUCCAAAGCUGUAUGAAUCUGGACACCGAGUUUGAGAUGCUCCACCGCGCUGGGAGCGGAGGGAAGGUGACUGAAAGGGGGAAUUUAGAUCAGGGUCCUGAGGGCCAGGAAUGUUCAGAAGGCACGGAGUCUUCCUCAGCCACUUCUGAAGAACACGACAGUAGAGAACAUUUAGCGUCAAUGCCCGGUGUUCUACCUCAGCUUUUCGAUCUUCCCCAAAGCAGACCGAAGACAUCACCAGGGCAUCUAAGUGCUGCCUCAGACAGCAGUUGCCCAAGGCCACUUUGGGGCAAACAGAGGCAAUCCACCUAUUUUUUAAGCAACGUGAAGCAUGAGUUGGAAGGCGCCAAGAAGAAGCUGAUGGCCGUCAUGCAUCCCUUAAACCAAACUGCCGCAGACUCCGCCUUGGUUCCGAAGGCUUUCUCUCUCCACCAGCACUCCAGAAGCAGCAGGAGCUUCAGAUUCGGACCCGGUUCCCCUCCUCGCUUAGCACAGACUUUAAACCCCACCCCACCAGCCACUUCCGGUUGUAAGCCGAGUCGGCUUCAUUCAGCAGGGCUUAUCCGUCCCAUCCAACACCAUAAACCUACCGUGGCCGCUCUCAGCCCGUAUUCCUGCCUCCCACCCGGUCCAGGGACCCAGCAACCUCUUAGUCCCCACAGAUCUCGUCCUGACUCCACCGCCGAUCUGCUCUCGGUGCUGAGCCAAGAGGAACGCGAAUUGGUUGAACCGGUUGUAGCCUUGGGCUAUCCGAUCCGCCGAGCGAUCCUCGCCCUGCAGAAGACGGGGAGACGAAACUUAGGCCAGUUUCUCAGUUAUCUGAGUGCCUGUGACAGACUUCUGAAACAGGGUUAUGAAGAGGCCCAGGUUAUAGAGGCAAUGGAAAUGUUCCAGAACUCAGAGAAAAAGGCAGCAGAAUUUCUUCGCCUCUUAGCCCAAUUCGAUGACAUGGGCUUCCGACAAGCCGACAUCAAAGAGGUCCUCCUACUGUGUGAAAACCACCGAGACAGGGCCCUGGAGGAGCUCAUGACACAAAGCCAAUGAAAGCGGACCAGCGUCCUAUCCUCCCCUCCCCAAAUGAGUCUGUAAAUAUUGUAGUCUCUCAAACAUUUAUCUUAUGAUUCUCUUCAAUCACCAUUUGGAAAGCUCGCCUUUGUGAU